AUGGCGGGUACGCUUUCCAACCUUUGCUCUAAAAUGUCCUUGCAAGAGGAGGAUAACCAAGAGAGGGUUAUUAUUGAUCAAGAAUGGAUUGACGAACCGGAAGGAGCUUUGGCAUGGUUUUGUCUCAUUGGCAAGUCGUUGGCCAAGAAGCAACCCAACCUAGAAGCUUUGAAGGCGGUGAUGAGCAAGGCCUGGAAUAUUGAAUCAGAUUUCCAAGUUGAGGAGAUGAAUUUGAGUCACUCUCUCAAAGCUGGUACUUUAGUUACUGCUCCAAAUGAGGAAUUGUAUGUCGAUUUCCGAUAUGAAAAGUUACCCGACUAUUGUUGGGUGUGUGGCCUUCUCGACCAUCUGGAUAAUGAUUGUCCGGUGACAGUUAUGUUGAGGAAAAAUCAUCAGGUUGUGAAGAAGAAGUACACUUGCAGUCUCAAAGCUGAAUUUCCUCCAGUUACUCCGGCUAAGGAACCUGCUUCGAGUCACAGGAGAGGGGGAUCAGCGGCAUCAGUCUCACCUGUUUUGAGAACUGGAAGAGAGGUGGGUAAUAUUGGACCAGCGGGGAGUAAGUCAGUCCCUUUUAAGUCCAUCACCGGAGAUGGGCCGGUGAGAAAUCAUGUUGACAACCCUGCAUUGUAUGGCAGACGAGCGGCGCGUGCUCUACAAUUUGAUGAAGCUUUGUGUGAGAUUAUUUCCCGUAUGAAUGGGAUUCCGGUUAGGCAGCAACCGAAUUUGAAGGAGAAUCAGGGCCAACGUCAGCAACGUGGGAAUGGAGGAAACGUGGAUGUUGGUUUGUCGGUUGACUCCGCAAGAAGAGGAAUUUUAAGUAAGAUGGGUGCGGUUUCAAAGGAAAAUUUGUUGGUAGAAGGAGAAGGGGAGUCUCGUGGGUUGGCGGUGGUUAAUGAUGUGGAGAGUUCUAAUAACUCUCAAUAUCCUGAUGAUUAUAUUCCUCUAAUUGAUAAUAGGGGGUGUGGGUCUUUUAUUGGGGCUGAAAUUAUAGGUGCGCAAUCCAUCCAAGGUGUUGGGCUUUCAUAUAUUGGCCCAAUAUCAGAAGCUUCAGAGGGUAGGAAAAUUCGAAAAUGGAAGAAGACAGCCAGCACAGCUCAGUCGGCUUCUGUUGAUUUGCUCUGCCAUGAGACCAUAGGAAGCGUUGGUGUUGCUGAUCUUCGAGAGGAUGAAGCUGACUCAGGGAUUAGGAAGCAUGUUGGAUUGCCUAAUGAUAAUGGUUCUAUGGUAGACCUGAAACAUCUAGGAGACAUGAAUCUUGACCGGCAUGUACCCUCUCGAUAUCGAAAGAGACCUUUCAAAUAUGAGCAAAUGUGGGCUGCUCAUGAGUCAUUUGAUGAGGUUAUUUCACAAGCUUGGUCGUCGGGUGAUAUUGCCUCAUCACGUAAAAGCAAGAAGGUUAUUGAUCGAAUUGAAGACGAUGCUGGUGUUGUGUGUGAAGAACCAUCAGGUAUUGAGAAUAUUUUUAAUAAUUAUUUUAAAGAUAUUUUCACAUCCUCGCAUCCGACCCAAUGCAAUAUUCAAGCUGUUCUUAAUCAUUUGGAGUGCCGAGUUACAGAGGAGAUGUGCGUCCAUUUAGAGGAAAAAUUUACUGUCGAUGAAGUGCAACAAGCAGUAUUCCAAAUGUCAGGCUCGAAAGCUCCAGGCCCGGAUGGAUUAUCACCCGCGUUUUUCCAGCGUUGUUGGAAGGUUGUUGGUGUUGAUGUUACGGAUUUUGUGCUUGAUUUUUUGAAUAAUGGUUCUCCUCUUCCAAAUGUGAAUCAUACAAAUAUCGUUCUCAUUCCAAAAUUAGAUUCUCCUCAUUUUGCUAAGGACUAUCGACCGAUAAGUCUGUGCAAUGUCAUCUUCAAAAUUGUUUCGAAAGUUCUUGCUAAUAGAUUGAAGGCUAUUCUUCCGGAAUUAAUUGGAGAGAAUCAAAACGAUAGCAUUUUAUUUUUACAGGCGUCUAGGAAAGAAUGUGAGGCAAUGAUUUCUCUACUUAAUUUAUUUGAAGCUGUCUCUGGUCAGAAAAUUAAUAUUGACAAGUUCUCGUUUUUAUUUAGUGCAAACACACCGGUGGCUAUUCAGAAUGAGGUGAAGAGUUAUCUUGGAAUCCAACGGAUUUUAGAUAGAGAUAAAUACUUAGGUCUCCCUAUUAUGAUUGGGCGGUCUAAAUCUAGGGAAUUCCAAUUUAUUAAGGAUAGAUUGAAGAAGAGAAUUUCUAGCUGGAAUUCGAGAUUGUUUUUGAGAGCAGGGAAGGUUGUAAUGCUCCAAUCGGUAGCCCAAGCGAUUCCAGUUUUGCUGGCAGGUCGAAAGGUCAUUAUUGCAGAAUCUCGUUUCCGAGUAGGGGAGGGGAAUUUGGAUAUUUGGAAUGAUAGGUGGAUUGCCAAACCACUUUCUUUUCGGCCCUCUCCUAGGAUUGCGUCUAUUGUACCUGAUUUGAAGGUCUCGGAUCUAAUUGAUGGAGAUAAUAGAAUGUGGCGAAUUGAUUUGGUCAGUGACUUAUUUGAGGAGGAGGAUGCUUCUCGCAUUUUGGGGUUGGCAAUACUGAGACAUCCAGUUUGUGAUUGCUUAAUUUGGAAUGCCAAUAGGAUGGGGGAUUUCUCGGUUAAAUCUGCUUAUUAUGUGGCAAGAGAUGUGCUGCAACGAGCUGAUUCACUUCAAGGACCUCGGCAGCAGACUUGGAAACUAGUCUGGUCUUCGCAUAUCAUGCCUAAAAUUCUUUUCUUUACAUGGCGGUUGAUAUGGAAUAUUUUGCUGACAAAAGGUAAUCUUCUCUCUCGGGGUUUGGAUGUUCCACAAUUGUAUGAAGUAUGUGGGGAGCAGCCAGAAUCGGUUUUCCAUUUCUUCUUCAGAUGCAAAUUUAGCGAGUUGGUAUGGGACCGAGUUGGUCAUUGGGUUAAUCCGACUCUUGAUCAAUGGAAUUCUGAUGGAGAUUGGUGGGAUUUCUUCAUAGCAAAAGCGGCUUCAAUUGGUCAGAUUGAUAAGGUUCUAAUUACCUUGUGGCUAAUUUGGAAUAAUCGAAAUAAAGCUUUGUAUGAACAGGCUUCUGCCCUACCAAAUGCCAUUAAUUUUUCGACUUCCUCUAUUUUGGAGCAGUAUACUUCUAUUCAAAGGAGAACAGACCAGUUCUCUUUGACUCAUCCUCGGCAACUGACUUGGGUUCCUCCUCCAAUGGGGAUGGUUAAGAUUAAUACUGAUGCUGCUUUUUGCAGUGGAUCAGGGGAAGUAGGAUUGGGAGUAGUCAUCCGAGAUAGCGCUGGCGAGAUCAUUGUUUGUGCCUCUCGUUGCCUCAACUUCAUUGCGGAUUCUUUGUAUGCAGAAGUACAUGCAUUACUUUUUGGGUUUAAACUUGCUUUUGAAUAUGGGAUUGAAAGUUGCAUUUUUGAAAGCGAUUCUUUGCUGGCUAUCACCCAAAUUAAUAAGACGGAUCCUGUCUUUUGGGAAGCUAAUACUGUAGCACAUAAUCUCGCUAAUUUGUGGCAGGAUUGUGUGUGGUGCGGGACUUUUCCUCCCGGCGUUUUGUAA